AUGAUCGCCGCGACAACACGCAUCACAACGAGGACCCUCGUCCUCCCGGCAGGUCUACGGGGCAGUCCGUUCCAGCGCUCCACCUUCUCCACAACACCGUACCGGUCCGCCGACGGCACUACGUCGGGUAGGAAAAACAGCAUCAACGGCAGCAAUGCCGGAGGCGGAGGCGGUAGCGGUGGCGGAGGAGAGGACCCAAUCGAGAUUCCCGCGUUCAAUCUCCGACACAUCACUUCGAGUCCUAUGGUGCGGUUCUGGCUGGUUACGGGAUUCUGCGUGAUUGGAAGCGUCGAGAUGUAUGGGUGGUACAACUUUGGGCCGAAGAUCUUGGGGUGGGAGGAGAAGGGACGGGAUGAGUGA